AGAAAAAGAACUGCAGAGAGAGAGAAACACCAGAAUUAAGAUGGUGAGGGCACCGUGUUUUGACAAACAUGGAAUGAAGAAAGGUGCAUGGAGUCAAGAUGAAGACAACAAGCUAAGGGCCUAUAUAGAGACAUGUGGCCACUCUAACUGGCGUAAACUUCCCAAGUUGGCUGGUUUGUCUAGAUGCGGAAAAAGUUGUAGGUUGCGAUGGAUGAAUUAUUUACACCCAAAUGUGAAACAUGGGAAGUUUACAAAAGAUGAAGAAGAUGUAGUUGUCGCUUUACAUAACAAGCUUGGCAACAAAUGGUCGAUGAUUGCUGCACGAUUACCCGGAAGAAGCGACAACGAAAUAAAAAACUAUUGGCAUACGCAUUUGAAAAAUCGGGCUCCGAAAGAUCAAACUGUGUUACAAACCGAGCAAGAUGGAAAUGUUGAACCCAGUAAGGGUAAAGCUAAAGCAGGAUGUGUAGUAAGAAAACCAAGCUUAAAAAGCCAACAGGAAGUUGAUAUUUUGCUGACAGAAUCUUCGUCGUCGUCGUCGUCAUCAUCGUCUUCUUAUUAUUCAACAAUAAGUGACCCAAAUGAAUCAUCACCAUCUUCGUUGAGUGUCUCAGAUGCAAAUGUAACACCAAAAUGUUCUGAUGAAGUGGCUGGAAGUUUAUGGAUUGACCAGUUUUUAUGGGACAAGGAUCAUAGCAUCAUGUUAUCAAGUGAUAAAAUGUUCUCACCUUUGGGCGUAGGCGCCGAUGAUUUCAUCUUCUCCGAGGAUAACGCUAUGGAUGAUGUGCUUUUAUGGUCAAACUUGGAUUUAUAUUAUUAAUUGAAGGCGAGUUUGAAAUUGAGUCGAACAUAUAUUAAUUUUGUCACUUUCUCCAUUUAAUUUGUCUCUCGUAAAUCAUUUCUUAACUCUGUUGAUUAUGAAUAAAGUAUUCUUGUUGAAGGGUUG